AUGCUGAACAAAUUAAACUACACUCCCAUGAUAGCCUUUGCCUCCAGCGAUCAUUUAAUUUCCAACAAACAACCUGAAGUUUCUAAUCACAAAUAUACCAUUAUCGCUCCCGGUACCAUACACUCCAAUGACAAAUAUACGGUAGCUGUGGCCGUACAUCACGUGGACUCUGCAUGCCAAAUUAAGGUGGGCAUUACAAGUCUCUCCUUUAAUGAAAGUACAAUUGUUGAGCUCACAGGUUCGGAAAUAAAAGAAGUCGAGUUCGCAGUGCCCACCUUGACUGGGGGUAAACACAAUCUAGUAGCUGAGGGUAUUAAUUGUCUGGAGAAUUUUAAAAAUUCCACUGCAUUGAAGUAUGCCAAAUUUAGCCCAUACGUUUUGAUCCAAACCGAUAAGGGUCAGUAUAAACCUGGAGACACCAUCAAUUAUCGGGUAUUGUUUUUGGACAAGGAAUUGAAACCUGCCGUGCCGGAAAAGGAUACCAUCAUCUGGUUGGAAGAUGGUAACCAAAAUCGCAUUAAAGAAUUUAAAAUUUCCGAAGUGGUCAAGGGGGUGCAUACGGGGCAAUUUAAAAUUUCCGAAUUUCCGGUGAUGGGUAAUUGGCGUGUGGUCGUGUCUACCAAGGGUCAAGAUGAUCAUUCCGUGUCCUUUUAUGUCAGGAGAUAUGACCCGCCGAAAUAUGUGGUCACGAUUGAGGCUCCGGAGUCGGUGUCCACUAAGGAUGGUGACAUGCAGGUUAUUGUCAGGUCCUACUACACCUAUGGCAAGCCCUUGAACGGCAAAGCCACCGUUAUCCUCAGCAUGGGUAAACAAAGCAUUAUCCGCACCGGAGAUAUGAUCCAAGGCAAGGCCAAGAUAGAUCUGAAUGUCAAGGAACUGGAGGCGUAUAUAGACAUGUUUAGCACUGCCACUAUUACGGCCACCGUCGAAGAAGAAUUCACGGGAUUAAAACUUAGCAACACCGCCUAUACCCAAAUCUAUCCCUUCCGCUAUUUAAUUGUUUGUCCGGAUCAUUUGGAAUGCACCUCCUUUGAGGCAGAUAAGGAAAAGGAGGUCAUUAUUCAGUUGACCUAUGUGGAUGGUUCGCAUUUGAAGGACACGAAGACCCCUGUGGAAUUGGUAUACACCGAGGUGUUGGAUGUGUACAUUAAUAAUGAGGAGGAUGUGACAACGACUCUGAGCCCACCAAUUUCGGGAAAUCUCACAUACAGCUUUAAGGGUUUUAUGAAUGAGACGGGUUUCGUCACCUUCAUGGUGAAGCUGACUGAUCUUAAACAAUAUGAAGGUUAUAAUCAUUACUAUAACAUUGAGGCCAAAUAUCGGGAUGAAAAACAUAAUAUCAAUAGCGCCUUUCAGCGUAGUGAAUCCAAAAACCUCGAUAUACCAGCUAAGGAAUGGUUUACAAUUAAUUAUGCACACUACAGUAAUUCUCCCAAAUUAUAUCAGCCCGAAGAUUUUACGGUGAAGUCCAGCAAACCCCUGCCCUAUUUGGAUUAUAAUGUUAUUGCUCGGGGUAAUAUAGUCAAGUCGGGACAUAUUGAUUUACCUCAGAAGCCCAUGGCGCACAAUAUUACCAUCACUCCGGAAUUGGUGUAUUCUCCUACCUUUGCGAUUUAUAUUUAUUAUAUUGAUGAGCUGGGUAAAUAUCACUAUGCGGAGAAAACCUACAAUAUUGACUACGAAAUCGAAAAUAAGAUCACCAUCACUGCUGCUGACCAGGUCAAACCCGGCCAGGAAGUCACUUUGAAAAUUAAAACGGCCCCCAACUCGUUUGUGGGCCUGAUGGCGGUGGAUCAAAGUGUCCUGCUAUUGGGAUCGAACAAUGACAUUCAUGCCAGUGACUUCGGAUGGACUGUGGGUUCUUAUGUGACAACCACACCUCCUGGCUAUUCUUAUUAUCCUGGUUCAUUAUCCGGUUGUAUUACCCUGACAAAUGGUGAUUAUGUCUAUAAUUGGACCGCUGCAACAAAUUCUACACCACAGGGAGAUUUGCCAAAUAGCUACCAAAAUUCACCACAUGGCCCUAGCGCCAAACCUUCGAAUGAACCUGAACCCAUACAGGUUCGCAAAGACUUUGCUGAGACCUGGAUAUUUGAUAAUAUUGAAAAUACUGACAAGGAAGAAUUUACCUGGUCCAAGAAAAUCCCCGAUACCAUUACCUCAUGGGUGUUGACCGGCUUUGCUAUGAACAGUGAAAAAGGUUUGGCAGUGACUGGCGAAGAAACAAAGAUUACCACCUUCAAACCAUUUUUCAUUUCCAUACGGCUGCCAUAUUCGGUUAAGAGAGGUGAGGUCAUCAACAUCCCCGCCCUGGUCUUCAAUUAUUUGGACAAAACCCUCGAUGUUGAGGUCACCUUGGAUAAUAGCGACAAUGAAUUUGAAUUUACCGAAAUCACCAACGAAGUAAUUGGAGAUCAAUCACGUACGAAGAUGGUUCGAGUGCCUGCUAUGGGUGCCGCCGGAGUUGCCUUUAUGAUCCGACCUAAAGUUUUGGGUAAUGUCAUGUUGAAGUACACCGCCAUUUCUCCUGUGGCCGGUGAUGCCAUCCACAAAUCGAUGAAGGUUGUACCCGAAGGCGUUACCAUAUAUGGUAAUCGGGCCUUCUUCGUCAAUCUCAACAAGGGAGCGGAAAUGAAGUCGUCCUUUGAAUUGGAAAUACCU